AUGUAUACGCUUAUUGCAUUCUUCUGUUUAAUAUCUGUCUCAUUAACGGCCAAUGUUAAAUGGAUCCCGAACACAAAUUUCAAUUUGCCGCUCAAUUUUAAAGAUGGAAAAAUUCCCUGUUCAAAGCAAAGUGUUAUUUUUCCUGACGUUCUUAAUGGCUUUAUUAACAUAAACUCUGAAGUGGCAGUUGAUAGUUUAGUGUUGCCAUUAGAUGGAGAGUUUGUUUUGUCAGAUGGGUCAAUAGAACUGGGAGCAACGGAAGAUAACUGUACGAAUUCUGGAAAUGUUUACUUCUUAGAAAAGUCCGUUUCGUCCUGGGCUCAACCUGACGUAUGGAGCUCUCCAAUGUUCAAUAAAGCCACACCAGAUGCAGAAAGAAUUCCCUGUUUUGAUGAUGUUGUCGAGUUUCCCGAAAAUUCGGUUUUUACGGUAUCUUUACCAGAAAUAAAUCAAGUGGUCAGAAGUAUUAGGAUUGGCGGUGAAACAUUUGAUUCACAUUCAUUUGCUGAUUUCGUGUCAGGUUCUGAAAAGUUCAUUAUGAAUCAAGAACAAGAAACUGGAGUUGUUGUCAAGUAUAAGCAGUGCAUAUCCCGCAGUGGCUGCCCAUGCCAGGAAAACUAUCUGACAAUAGAUUGUGCUGCGAAAUUUUGUCAAGUACCCACAUGUGUUGAUCCAAUACAGCCCAUAGGACACUGCUGUAAGAUAUGUGGUGGAGUAAUAAAUUUUAAAGUCGAUCAGAGUUUUGAUAUUAUGAUUUUUCGAGAACUUGUCGAUAAUGUUGUCGAAAGCUACGGUAAGGAUGAUUUUGAUUAUCAUAUUGGAAAAAUUGGAGAGAAAGUUCAACUGGUAGUGACAAAUAAAGGAGAAUAUUCUGAAACCAGUGCACUAGUGGUUAACGAUAUUGAUCGACGUAUGGAGAAACAUUGGGUACAAGGGAUCAAAGAGUCUGUUAUAAGUGGUACUCCGUUAUCGAAAUAUGGCAUGAGUGGAAAGAUAUUUAUAUCUAUGUUCUUCACUGUCGUGAUGAUCUUCGGCGCAAUUUAUCUUUACUAUUAUAAAUUCCCUGAAAUAAGAAUUCCAGUAUUGGGUGGACCUUUUCUGUCUCGAUAUGGAAGGACUGAUAGCGUUGUAUCAUUGACUAGAAGAGAUUCUGUAAUGACAACCCGUUCGGGAAUCAGUACAGCUUUCAGAAACCCAAUGUAUAAUUCGAAGAGGGAACGAGUAGUUGUCGCUGAAACAAGUGAUGAUCAGUAA